AUGUCUAGCAGUACCGCGCCUCGAGAAAUUCUUAAUUUCCUGAGACAACAAGACUCGUCAAUUAGUACAGGAAUCAGGAGUAUUUACAAUGUGAAGGCACAGUAUAAGAAAGAGCAACUGGGGGGUCUAUCUCCUAUUGGGUACGUCUUGAAUGAAUUAAAGGAGAAAAAUUACAUUUACGACUAUCAUACAAAUGAACACACCAACGAAAUCACAGAUAUUCUUUGGGUUCAUCCUAGAAGCCUAGAGCUAUCUGUCAAUUUUCUGUUCGUGUUGAUUAUUGAUGCGACAUACAAGAGUAAUGAAUAUCGGAUUCCACUCUUGGAAGUUGUGGGUAUCACAUCCACAAUGAAAACUUACUCUCUUAUGAAACUUACUCUUUUAUGUUUGCAUAUUUGA